AUGCGGGUUGGUGAAAUAAGGAAGAAAAUAAAGAUAAUCAAGUACAAACAUAUCAGGGAUGCCAGACGUGCAGUCCAGGAAAACCGAGGAAAACUGCCUCUGUACCUUCUCUGGUGCUGCCUGCAGGCCUCAGGGAGCUUGUUCUCUGGAUUCUGCCUGGUCCUAACACAGCAGCUGAGAAUAUGCCAGCCCAGUCCUGCCCUCUUCUUCAGUGCUUACCUGGAGGCCACGUGGAGCUUCGUGCCAUCUGCUGGACUCCUCCUGUUGUCCCAGCAUGAUGGCUUAGAGGAUGCAAGUCCCAGUCCUGCCUUCUUCUUCAGGACUUGCCUCAAGGCUACAGGGAGCUCAGGGCCAUCCACUGGACUCCUAUUGGCCCAGCACAGCAGCUCAGAGGGCACUACUCUCAGUCCUGCCUCCUUCAGAACUCACCUCAAGGCUGCAGGGCCCAUCCAUUGGACUCUUCUGGUCCUAAUGCAGAAGCUUACAAGAUGCCAGUCCUGCCCUCUUCUUGAGGGCUCAGCUGGAGGUCACAGGGAGCUCAGGGCUGUCUGGUGGACUCCUCCCAUUGUCCUGGUGCAGAAGUAUAGAGGGCACCAGUCCCAGUCCCUCCCUUCUCCUCAGAGCUCAGGAAAGGAGAGGUGAGAGGUCUUGGGGAAGAAUGAGGAUGGGGAAGAAGGGCUUCUAGAGGGCAGCAGCAGGCCUAGGGGCUUUCUGGCAGACGGUGACUGCUCAAUGCUGAGAUGGAAAUCGAGAGCCCCUGGUGCAUCACCAACAGAUGUAGCGACAUCUCCGGGCAAGCAUGGU